ACGGGCUAGUAGUCCACUGGUUCAGGCAUCUGCCCCAAGACAAACUAUGGUAAAAUAACACCCAGUGUCUUGAUUCUCACUGUCUGCCACCUCUGCCUUUCUCUCUCUGCUGGCUCCCUGUAUGUCCUGCUGUGAGGGGCAGUGUGGGAAGGCAGGUCCCCUCUGCUAUGAACAAGGGGCAGAGGCAGCCCCAGAGGUCCACACUGCCGGCCUCCCCGCCUGCUUCCCACACAGCCCUCCGGGACUGUGGCACGGUGUCUGGAGAAGAGCCAGCAACCUGACGUGCAUGCGGCGGCCCGUCCCUCUCCCCAGCAGAGCCGCAGUAACCCGGAGGCUCAGAGAGCCGGCUCAGGGCUGCUGGGGAAGCAGCCACUGCAAGGUGACGGUGACCGACAGAGCACAGGCACCAAGGGGGACAGCUUCUCAGGGAUUGAACUCACGAUCUCAUGCUUACCAAGCAGGCACUUAUGCUGCUGAGCUAAACCCCCAGCCCCUAAAACUGGGAAAUAUGGACACAGAGAUGUGUAUAGAGGAAAGAUGAUGUGAGAGACAUAGGACUAAGGCAGCCGUCUCACCUCAAGCAGAGAAGCCUGAAACAGAUCCUUCCUCACCGCCCUAGGAAGCAACCCAGUCUGCCCCUACCUUGACCUUUAACUUCCAGCACUCAGAACUUAGAUGACAAAUUCCUGUUGUUUCCAUCACUUGGUCAUGGAACUUGCUACAGAGCCUUCAGAAAAAGCAGAAGUCCUGAGAGUGCCACAAUAAGCCGUUGCUGAGCCAUGGCUGAAGGAGAAAUCACAACUUUUGCAGCCCUGACUGAGAAGUUUAAUCUGCCUCCAGGGAAUUAUAAGAAGCCCAAACUGCUCUACUGCAGCAAUGGGGGCCACUUCCUGAGGAUCCUUCCAGACGGCACAGUGGACGGCACAAGAGACAGGAGCGACCAGCACAUUCAGCUGCAGCUCAGUGCGGAAGGCGUGGGGGAGGUGUAUAUACAGAGCACCGAGACCGGCCAGUACUUGGCCAUGGACACCGACGGGCUUUUAUACGGCUCACAGACACCAAGUGAGGAAUGCUUGUUCCUGGAAAGGCUGGAGGAAAACCAUUACAACACCUACACAUCCAAGAAGCAUGUGGAGAAGAAUUGGUUUGUUGGCCUCAAGAAGAACGGAAGCUGCAAGCGUGGUCCUCGGACUCACUAUGGCCAGAAAGCAAUCUUGUUCCUCCCCUUGCCAGUCUCUGAUUAGAGAAAUCUGCUCUGGGUACUGAUCACUCCAGAGGAGACUUGAGAGGUCCUCACCUGGUAGACCCCAGAACGUUCCCAUGACCAUUGGCUGUGCUAACCCCAGCCCACAGAGCCCGAAUUUGUAAGCAGUGCACUUCUACAUGCCCAGUUCACUUUUUGCAGAGCCCUUUACCCUGGCACAUUUUGGGACAGAAGGACUGAAUUGCCCCUCGGGGCCAACUGGCCAGUCUGGGUCUGGAUGUGGGUGUCCAGUUGCCUCCGGGCACCUGCUGCUGGCCACCUCUCAAUGCAGAGGCGGAGCAGAGUGAAGUGUCAAGAGGUCUGCUGAGUGGCUCACCAGAAACCCUAAUACCGCCUGCUGCUGAGUAAACCUUGGCUGACGUCCCCAAAACAUCUACCCUGACUGCCUUUUCCCCUUACAGUAGUCCACAAAUGUUAGCAGACAGACUGAUGUCCAGGUUAGAAAAAGGCAGCAUUCCACGGCAGAAACAAGGACAGCGAAAUCAAGCAGAGGGAUCUGAACAGCAGAGGGAUCUGAACUGCAAAGGGAGACUGUGCUGACGAGCAGCUUAGAAAGGUGGAUCCCAGUACAGGAAGGUGAAGGUGGAGCGGCUCAGCCACAGGAAAGCAGGCUGAACCAUGCCGCUGACCUUCCCAAAGUCACGAGCAGCCCCAGAAGCUUCUGACAUCUGGGGGAGCAGGCACUAGACGUGGUUCUUAGCAAAAGCAAUGACAUCGAGGUUGGAAAGUUCAGGUCUGGGCGUGGGAGUGGGGAGCAGUGAGGGGUUGCUGUCCUCUAAAAGCGAUGACUUUAGAAACAAGCACAGAGAGGGUAACACCAUCAUUUGUGCUUAGCCACCAAGAAGCCGAGGUCUCGGGGGUUCUGGCAUGGGCUCCCCUCUCUGACGUGCUAACAGCUCACCUGGGAACUUGGUUUGAGUGCAGAUUCUAUGUUUCCAACAGCCUCCCAGGUCCUACAGCUCCUCUGCUUUUCCCCAACAUCCUGUAAGGAGCAGAUCCUAAAGAAAUUCAAAUAAAGGUGGCUAAAUCCCUGA